AUGUCAACGGAAGAUAAGAAACUGACUAUCGACCCAACAAACGUGUCAUUCCACCGCCAAGAAACGAAGACAUCUGAGACUCCAACAAACCCAAGCGAAGGACAAGAAGAGACUGGAGAUGAAGUUGAAUGUCCUGUGGAUACUACACUUGAAAAGGAAGUGACUUUUAAAGCAAAAGAAGACAUCCGUGUUAUAUUAAAUAGUUUUAUUAAAAGACCGAAUUAUUGGAUAUCUUCUGAUGAGACUGUAAUUGAAAUUAAAGGUGGUGAAUCGAAAGCGGUCAAUUUUUAUGGACGGGUGUUGAACUCGAGUCUUGAGCUAACUGUUGAAGUCCCGAUCGUUGUAUUUUACAAAGACAAAGGUACAUGGGUGUUAGAGAACAAUCAAUAUUCCCUGACCAUAUCUAUUCUUCCACAGCUAGGUGGCUUUGUAGAGAAUGGGGAAUGCAGCAAAAAUCGAAAAAUCUAUCUUGGCUUAUACAAUGAAAUUUUUACAGGAAAGUAUCGUUCUUUAGAUGUCGCUAUUAGUAGUGUGAAAUCAUUAGAAACACUUAAAAGGGAUUUAGAAAAUCAGAUCAAAGCCGACCCCAAAUCAGCAGACGAAAAAACUAAAGCAACACUAGAGACGUAUAGAAAGAACAUCGAGAGUGGAAUGAACUACGAUCCUAAUUCAGUGAAGACGAUGUCUGAGGAGUUCUUGAUGGUUAAGAACUUACAACAGAAAUUGAUAUCACCGUAUAUCUUAAACUUCAUUGGCAUGGUGAACACCCCAAUCAGUGCGUUGACUGAAAUGGCACCAUUUGGCGAUGUCGAACACUUCUAUAGAGAUUUUAGACUCACCGACACGUUGAAAUACAAAAUAUUCCAAGACGUUUCAAUGGGUCUUGCUGCUUGUCACAAAGUCGGUAUUUUGCACUUGGAUAUGAAGCCGUCAAACAUCUUUGUGUUCUCAACAAAUCCGUUUGACUCCGUUGUCGCCAAAAUUGCCGAUUUUGGGACUGCGAAACGAUCAAACUUGUUGAAUGCGCUUGGGCUGAAUUUGGUGUCCACACCCCUUUAUUCGCCUCCCGAGUGUUCACUCAUGUCGACACUUUAUUCAAAGGAUUUCUUGUUGUCAAGAUACUUUGCGGACUGUGGGUAUGAGGAGGACCAAGUGAAGGCGAUUGUUGAUCUUCGAAGUGAAGAGACGACAAAGGACGAUGACACCACCGAAGUGAAGAAGAGUGAGUCUGACAUUGAACAAGACAGAGCCAAAGCCGAACGGUUGAAACAGUCUAUUUUGUAUGAGAAGAUGCACAUUGGAGAGAAGAUCGAUAUCUACUGCUUUGGGUUGACGUGCUUUGAGAUCUGUGCAGAGCGUCCACUGACUUCGACAGAAGAAAUCCGAAUAGCGCCUUCUUCUGCGCAGAUGGGUAAAGAUGUGUUUUUAGAGGCCGUCAACGCAUACAAUUUCGAUAAGAAAUGCACAUUUGCAGACAACUUCAUUUCAUUCAAGAAGCUCCCCAAAAUUGGUGUCACCACUUUGCUGAAGAAAUUGACGAACCCUACGGAUGACACGUUGUGGAAGGAGUUGUCGAGUCUUAAAGUGUCAUAUGAUGGGAAACAAAAUGAGUCGCCUCUGUAUAUGGAGAAAAAUGAUUUUGAAAAAGCUAAGAAAAUUGAAGAGAAGGUCAAAAGCACGUUGACCACAUUAAAUAAUUACUUAGGAGCUAUGAUAAGUCCAAUUAAAGAGGUGGUGAGUGGAGAGGUAGAGUUGUUACUCACCAGUAGUAAACUGACUAUUGGCAAGUACGCAGGCAUUGUGUAUGACAAAUUAAAGAAGUUAGAAAGGUUUGUCGAUGUGUUUGAUUGCCACGAUGUAGCAAAGUUAGAUGCUGGGACUGAAGGGUUUGAGUAUGUCAACAAAACGUUUUCAAAGUUGAAAGACAUCCCCAAAGAUGUUGUUGCUUCAACUGAGACAAAAUUACGAGAGAUCCUCAGUGUGUUUGCAAAGGAAGAUAUUGACAACAUAAUACAGCAUUUCAUGUAUGUGGUGAGAUGCAAGACAUCGAUGUUCUAUAAAACUAUAUUGGCUGAUUUUGUGAAGCAACUCAACUUGAGGAAAUUGAUAGGGUUUCCCUUCACUAUGAAGAGUCUUGGAGCGCCCGAGUGGUUCAUUCAAAUGGUGAAAAAUAUGGUUGACUCAAACCCUGCACGUCGUCCAACGGCUCUAAUGUUAGCCGGAGAAUUUAAGAAAUACACAGCAGAAGUCUUUUUAGAGUAUCAAUUGCGGGAGAGUCGAUUCAAAAGUAUAAUCGCCGAGUUUGAAAAGAAGGAGAAAGAGGUUGAGAACCUCCAGAAAAGUGGUAACUUAGAAGACUUGAUCAAAGUGAAAGAGAGCAAGUUGGCAAUCGAGAAAGAAAAAUUGAGGUUGUUACUCCCAAUGCGAUGCGACGAGUUCGAGAAUCAAAAGCGAUGUUAUGUGUACGACCAGAACAUCACACAGAAGUAUGGCGUGAGAGUCGAAAAAUUACUCGUCCGACGCUCUAAGGAAGAGGUGAGCGAUUUCAAAAAAGAUAACUUCUUGCUGGGUAUGAAGUUCUCUAUCGCGCGCUUCGACAGUGUCAUGAGAUAUGAUCCAAAACACCCGGCAAAAAACUUAGGAAGAGUCAAAGCGGUGAUGGAUGUCAUGUUUACCAAAAAGGAUAAUCCAAUCCCCGAAGGUUAUGAAGGAGUCGCCAAACAGUACGUCGAAGACUUCAUCGCAAAAAGAGACGAAGAGACGUUUGCCAAACAAAAGGCUCGUGAAGAAAAAACUACAAAGAAGACAACAAUGAAAAAGUGA